AUGGACCAGCGCUCUCGUGGUGGUCGUCCGAAUCGCCGGAAAACUCUUCCCACCUCCAGUAUCCAGUCUGAUACCAGCGCCGGCGGCGAGUCAAACUCGAGCAUCAUGACGCGCUCUCCUCCCGUUGCUGCCUCUCGCACUCCACAGACGGCACCUCCAAACCGCCGCAACGCCAAGCCCAUUCCCAUGAAUAACCCCUUCAGCGUUCGCUCAUCCCCCAGCACAGGCGGACCUGGCCCGGGCAAGGCUCUUAGAAAGAGAUCUCGCACUAGCGGCUUUGACGGUCCCGCCGACGAAGAGGAUGAGACCUACCGCAAAGGCCCUCACACUUUGAGAAAGCGUGCCAAAAUCGACUACUCCGCCGCUGACUUUGAGGAUGAGCUGCCCGAGAUCGCAAUUCCGGCUCCUCGCACUGCUACCCGCAAGAAACGGGCAGAUAGUGAAGUCGUCGACGACGAGUACUUCACUCCCACUGCACAGAAGCGCCGCGCCAACUCGAGAGAAUUUUCCGUCGCCAGCAUCACCGCCGCUCGUCGUCGGACCCCGGCCCGGAAGAAUGUCGUUGAACAACAGUCCUUUUACUCCCAGCAAUCAGACGAAGAUAUCGUCAAAGACACUAUUGAAGUGGUAGGCGACUCUUCUGAUCUCAUCAGCUCCGACGAUGCCUCGGAUCAUGAGGACGAUAACAAGGACAUCUCCGGCCACAUCUCUCUCCAAGAAAACCUUGACCAGCCCUCGUCACCCAUUCAGCGCAAGACUCAAGCAGUUCUUCAGCUGGCAUCCCCCAUCGACCACCAAAUCAUCAAGCAAGAUGAGAGACAGUCGAGCCAAGCACAAAACGUCGCCGAUGGUAUUGUUGCCGCUGCAGAUAUAGUGUCAGGCCCUAUCAUUGCCCACCCGCAGCCCAUCCGCGUCAACCAAGUCACAAUUAUCGAGAACACUGGCCCGCGCCCGGACACCGAGGCGACAACAACUCAUCACGGCGGAUUCGCCGAAGAUUUCUCAUUCCAGCCCAAGAGAGAGGCCAGUUCUCCCGUACGGCCUGCCGAGAGCUUGCCGCAAAGAACGGCCCUACCGGAGGCGGCUGAGUCGGCCAACACCUCGGCCAACACCGACUCUGCUGUGGUUCCCGGCGCCCAGGAAAAUUCCGCACCACCCGUCACGCAGAUUUUCAACGCCACCAACAACGACCAAGUCAACGUCGCACAGCCGAUUGAGCAACCACAAGAGUCUAUUGCUCCAGUGUCAAGCGAAAAUACAAAAGUCAACGGUCAUGUUGAAGCAAUUGAAAACGAGCUUCCGCCUCACAAUGAGCCGUCAAAUUCACAAUUUACUGCCGCGUCGCAUGAUGCCGACGUCUCGGUAUCAUUCACUACCCAGUCCGAGGAACUGUCUCGGGCUCAAGAUGAGAUGGACGUUGAUGUCGCAGAAGAACCCGAUGCAGAGACGCAGGAUGAUGUCCCUGUUCCCCAGCCCAAAGCUUCGUCCCCGCAACCCCAACCCGCCGCUACUGAAGCGAAAAAGAAGCGCUAUGCGUGGUCCCACCUGACACCUUACAUUGAUGGCGAAUAUGUCACUCACUCCAUCUAUCCCGUCGCGGUCGAGGCGUCUGCGCCCACCUCGAAUGCCGACGCCGCUGAAGCUUCCGGCGAGCGAGAAACCGCUGAAGAGACGCCUGAGCACGCUGCCGCGAAUGCCGACGCUCAAGGUGCUGAAGGAGAUGUGGAAGAUGGUGCCAAUGUCGAUGCGGACGGCGAAGUCGACGACGCUGAGCGCGAUGCUGAACACGACGAGGAUCUCGCGCAUGACAGCCAAGGCCAGCAACUUUCUCAAGGGUCCGCUUACAACUCGGCCGCCCCUACUCCCGCACUUACGCCCCGCCAAGGCUCGCCCGUCUUGACCUCGGCCGCAACUGGAACCAGCACACCAGCCUUGCUUAUGCCGAAGCAACGCUUCAGAAAACAGUACAAGUUCAAGAAGGUCCGAGAUCCUGCCGAAUUCUUGGCCUUCUUGAAGGACUCCGAGGACCUCCCCCAAGAGCAGCUCUGGGACCUCUUGGCUCAGGCCAAUGAAUGCCUCCUCGCCUACCAAGAGGAGUACAAAGAGUGCAGCAGGAUUGUAGACGAUCAGGAAAAUGCGCAGCGCCGCGCAAUUCAAGAUGCCGCCUACGAAAAGAAGACCGCCGACUUGAACGCCUUUGCCAAGGUAGACUCAUAUAUGGAAAAGGAGUUCGAGGUGCAGGGCUCCCGAGCGACCAUCAAGGAGAAAGACGCUGGAAUCCUCGAACAACGCUUGCAAGACAGGAUCAUGGCCGCCACGUAUCACUUCGAGUACGAUCCUCACCCCAACAAAGUCGGCAACCAGGAUCCCGGUGCCCAGAAGGGUGGUGGAGGAGAGGGUGUUCGACAACUUCGAAGCCAGCCACAGGCAAGCGCAAAGGCAGCUGAGGGCGACGGAGUCAUCGUCUCUGGGAAGAGAACCCGCAACCCCCCGAAGUUGUUUGACGGCGUGUUACAGGACGACCACCGUGCAGCAACUCCGGGAACGAACAAGCCGGGUCCGAAGAAACGAGGCAGGGCUGCUGCCGCAGACAAGGCGGCAUCUGCCCAAGACCAUGAAGAAGAGCCAGAGCCAGAGCCGCAGACCGUAUCACCCGCCAAGCCCGGUCCCAAGAAGCGAGGACCGAGAGGCAGGAAGUCUGCCGUGGUGAUCUCGGAGCCGAGCACGCCUGUUCCCGAAGAGGAGGCCAUCGCCUCGCCGCCGGAGCCAGAGCAGGCACAGCCCCCCAAGCGCAAGCGUGGCAGACAACCAAAGUCGGCCGCCAUUGUCGAGGAGGCGCCAGAGGAACCUGAAAAGCCGACCCCCAAGAGAGGUCGCGCAGCGAAGAGACAGAGCAACGGCCAUGUCGCUAUUGCACCCGAGACAACCGACGAGUCUCGCCCUACCUCGUCAUCAUCGAUGGCCACUAUCUCGGACGCUGGGUCUACCUACGGACUGCGCCAGAAGAAGCGACAGCGGAACUGGCAGGACGACGAUGAAGUCGACGAGGAGGAAGUGGAGGCAGAGCCUCAGCCCAAGAAGGCCCGCAUCAUUCGCAUCAACAGAAAGCAAAGCGCACCAGAGCUCGCACCCAAGCAGACAAUGUCUGAACAAAUUCUCGCUGACAUACACCGCUUCUCGGCGUCUCUUGAUGCACCCGACUCGCCUCAGCCUCGGCUGAUGGUGUCUUUUAGAUUGAUUGGCAAUCGUCAAUGGACCAUGAAACCCGCAGCCUCGCCGCGCCAAACAUCGACCGACGUCAGUGAGUACAACCUGUCGACCUCUCGACCAGCUCCGAUGUCUGCGCCUACGUCGGCCAAGUCCUCGGCCCCGCCGAGCCAGGCCGAAGGGGAGGAGAAGGAUUACUCCACUAUGACAAAGUCGGAGAAGAUGUCGGCCUCGAUGAAGAAGCGAUGGCUCAAUGGCAGUAUGCAGGGUGCUGUCAAUAAGAGAAAGGCCACUCUCGCCGCGAAGAAAGCUGCUGCUGCUGCGGCCGAAGCUGAAGCGGCCCGAGUCGCCCAACAGAAAGCGAUGCAACUCCAACAAUCAGGACAGCCGGCACCGUUUCCCAUGGGACAGGGCCAGUAA